AUAGUAUAUAGUCCCGGCUAGCAGUUGUACGAUCCGGUAGGAAAGCGUUUGGUUGUGCUGUCGGCUUCAAGUCUAGAUUAGUAGAAAAAUUCAAAAUGUCUCAAGAAAAAGUUGAAAUUAGAAGAAACAUCAAGACUCAACCUACUAUUGGAACGAGGAGCACCGUUAUCAACCGAACAAGUCAUGGCGGUGGUAGCAUCAUGCCUGGUGGUGGUUCUAGAAGUGUAUCAAUGAGAAUGAGUAUGGGUGGAUCGGCUCCCUCUUUUGCACAAGGGACAGUUUCAUCUAUGUCUCAUAAGAAUGUUGCUAACGUCUUAGACACCAGAGCCAAAGAGAAGACUGAAAUGAACGUUUUGAAUGAAAGGUUUGCUAGUUACAUCGAAAAAGUGCGUUUCGUAGAAGCUCAGAAUAAAGCUCUUCUCGCUGAAAUUGAUAGACUCAAAAAGCAAAAAAACUUUGAUGCUAGUGAAAUAAAGGAACUAUAUGAACAAGAAAUAGCUGAUUCUAGGAAAAUAAUAGAUGAUUUAUCCGAUGAAAAAGCUAAAUUUGAUGCCACUUUAGUCAGUUUACAAGAUCAACUUGAAGAUGAGAGAAGAGACCGGAUAAAUGCAGAAAAGACAGUAGAUGACCUAUCUAAUAAAAUAGAUAGACUUAAUGACCAACUAGGAAAUAAUGAAGGAGAGCUAGCCAAUCUUAGACUUAGGAUAGAGACUUUGGAAGAUGAGAACGCUCGUUUGAAAAAGGACAAGAGAACUCUUCAAGAUGACAUUGGUCGUAUUAGGGCUGAUCUGGAUGAAGAGACUUGUAAGAGAAUUCAAGCUGAGAUGAAACUACAAACGGCCGAAGAGGAUUGCAAGUUCCAAAUCAAUAUCUAUGAAGCUGAAAUUGCUGAACUGAAGGCCAUGCUUGACCGUGACAGGAGCAUCGAGAUGAAAGACAUCUGGAAGGGCGAAAUCUCUAAGGCCAUUAAUGAAUUGAACACACAAUAUGCUUCAGAAGUUGAUAGAAUUCAAGCAGAAAUGCAAAAGAACUAUGAGAUGCAGAUGAACGAAAUGAGAGCCGGUUUAAACAGAGACAACAUGGAAACUAUGAGUGCUAGGGAGGAAAGCAAGAAAGUUAAAGGAAAACUGAACGAGCUACAACCACUCAUCAGCCAAUUACAAGCUGAGAAUGCCAUGCUGAAGUCUAGACUGGAAGGACUACAGGUCCAGUAUGAUGAUGAAUGUCGCGAACAUGAGUCUGAUGUUAACAAACUGCAAGCAUCAAUCGAGAGAUUGCAAAUGGAGAUGGAUUCUGUCCUAACAGAACUUCAAGUCCUCCAGGAUGCCAAGUUAUCAUUGGAGUUGGAGAUUGCUGCUUACAGGAAACUGUUGGAAGCCGAGGAGACAAACAUGAGACGUGUUGUUGAGCAUUCCAGUGGAUCACGUAGCGGUGGCGCUCAACUGCUUUCUGACAUGAUCGUUAGCAAAGGAGGUUCCGGAGAUUCACAGAAAAGCACAUUAAGUGAAUCGUCAAAUAAAAUUCUGGUACAAAGAACAUGUAGAGGAGAUAUAUCUAUUGAGAAUGCCCAGCCAGAUGGAAGCUGUGUCACCUUGAAGAAUUCAUCUAAAAAGAAAAGUACAUCACCAGGUGGCAAGGAUAUUGUUUCUGUUAGCUUGAAAGGAUGGUCUCUGAAGAAGACGGUGAAUGGUGUUAACAAACAUACAUACACCUUUUCAGAUAUCAGCCUGUUGAAAGGGAAAGAGAUAAAGCUGUUCUCCAAGGGAGCUGCAGAACUUGCCAAGGAUAGUGACAUAGUAUGUGACAUUUUUUCCUGGGGAUUGUCCGGCACUUUCACUUUAAAUGAUGACAAAGGAGUGGAAAAAGCAACAUUGACCAUCAAGACUGCUUCAUAAAGGAUUGUAACAAUUCAGCAAUCCAGAAUUGUAUUUGUUUUUGUGACACAACUUACAUUUGUCUUUUUAUUCAUUUGUUUUAUGACAGUAUACCAAGUAUGUGUGCAAUAGAUGAAUCUGCUAAUCGGCUUCCUGUUUGAUUGAUAAUGUUCCAUCAAUUUAGCUUUGCUAGUUGUAAUGAGAUUUUUAACGCGUCCAUACUCAAAUUUCUUGCCUAUACAUGAAGUUCAUCAAAUCUUGAUUUUUAGCCGUAGGGAAUAAUGGGAUGUACAGUUAUUUCUAUGUUGAGAUUUAGAUACGAAUAUCUCUUCAUAAUAUAUUUUGGUUUCCCAGAAUAUAGCCGAUAUGAUGUUCUAGGUAGUUGCAUAAACGGUUAAGUUUCAAAUAUAAAUGUUUGUUGUAUAUAUAAUAUCUGAAUGUCGAAAUAGUAUACUUUCUUCACAUGCAGGGUCACAGAAUUGGUUUUAAAUUUUCAUGUAUAUUAUUUUUGCGUAUUCCGAAAUUCAACAUUUAGUUAUUUUCGUUGGAAACCUCAACAUUUCCAUUGUUAUUGAUGCGUUAAAAGUUGUUCGUGUGGGUUUAAUAUUCUCAUUUUGACGAUAGAGGAGCAAAACUCACGAUGAAAAUGUAUUCGUUUACAGUUUGUAUCAUACUUCAUUUCAUUUUUGUUUAUGAUAUAUUGAUUCUACAAGGCGGCAAAUAUUAUAUUUUGUCUUUACAACAUUCCAAAACCUCAACGAUUGCUGCAAAGAUUGGUUGUGAAUUUUGAUCAUCUUUAAGAAUAUAUAUUUGUAUUUUAAGUAUUAGUUUUAAGCUUUACGAGAAAACAUUUGGGUUUAUUGAAUAACUUUAUUCAGCCCUUUCUAUAUUUUAUAUUUUGCAAAAAGUCAUGUUUUGUUAUGGUGAUUAUAUUAGAUUUAGAAUAUUAUAUAUGGUUUUAUUCAAUAAAUAUUUUUACAUUUA